AUGGGCGACGUCCUGGUCGAGAACGCCGCCAACAGCAUCCAGCCCCUCAAGAAGCAUACCCCCUCCACUAUCCCCAGUAUCGAGAACUUUGAGGGCGUAUCAACAGAAGGCGGCGAUGAGUAUGCGAACCUGAAGCGGCUGCAGCGACAGCUCGAGUAUAUCCAGUUGCAGGAAGAAUACAUCAAGGAUGAGCAGAGGAGCUUGAAGCGGGAGCUGGUCCGGGCACAGGAGGAGAUCAAGCGCAUCCAGAGUGUACCGCUUGUCAUCGGCCAGUUUAUGGAGGCCAUUGACCAGAAUACCGGCAUCGUUCAGUCUAGCACUGGAUCCAACUACGUCGUCCGUAUCCUGUCGACGCUGGACCGCGAGCUGCUCAAGCCCUCCUCCUCAGUCGCCCUGCACCGCCACUCCAAUGCCCUUGUCGAUAUCCUCCCGCCCGAGGCGGACUCCUCGAUCGCCAUGCUCGGGGCCGACGAGAAGCCCGACGUGACGUACGCCGACGUCGGUGGGCUGGACAUGCAGAAACAGGAAAUCCGCGAAGCCGUCGAGCUUCCCCUGACACACUUCGACCUGUACAAGCAGAUCGGUAUCGACCCACCCCGCGGUGUGCUACUGUACGGCCCACCGGGAACCGGCAAGACCAUGCUGGUGAAGGCGGUAGCCAACUCGACGACGGCCAACUUCAUCCGGGUGGUCGGGUCCGAGUUCGUACAAAAGUACCUUGGCGAGGGCCCGCGGAUGGUGCGCGACGUGUUUAGGAUGGCGCGCGAGAACGCGCCCGCCAUCAUCUUCAUCGACGAGAUCGACGCCAUCGCGACCAAGCGUUUCGACGCACAGACGGGCGCCGAUCGCGAGGUGCAGCGUAUCCUACUCGAGCUGCUCAACCAGAUGGACGGCUUCGACCAGACGGCCAACGUCAAGGUCAUCAUGGCGACCAACCGGGCCGACACGCUCGACCCGGCACUGCUCCGGCCCGGCCGCCUCGACCGUAAGAUCGAGUUCCCCAGCCUGCGCGACCGCCGCGAGCGCCGCCUCAUCUUCACCACCAUCGCCAGCAAGAUGAGCCUCGCCCCCGAGGUCGACCUCGACAGCCUCAUCGUCCGCAACGACCCCCUCAGCGGCGCCGUCAUCGCCGCCAUCAUGCAGGAGGCUGGCCUGCGCGCCGUGCGCAAGAACAGAUAUAACAUCAUCCAGGUCGAUCUGGAGGACGCCUACAGCAGCCAGGUCAAGGGGUCGAGCGACGAGAACAAGUUUGAUUUCUACAAAUAA